UGCUAUGACUACCUGGGCUCCGUAGGCACCUGCAGCUAGCUGUGGAGCGGCGUAGGAGCAGAGCGACCCGGGACCCUCACCUCGCUCUUUAGAAGACAAUUUGUGGCCUGCUUCGUGAGGUACCCAUCUCAGCUCCAAGGAGGCAAGCGUCUCUUCUCCGAGCUUUUUCGCCAUUCCGGGACUUUACCGCUUCUCUCCCCGGAAUGGCUCGAAACUAUGGGGAAAAGCCUCUGCCCUGGCGCGGCCUUUCUAGCCACGGGCCGGAGUGAUUCUGCCUGACGGAUUCGCCCGUUUCUGGGACACAAAGCCACAGGCAUUUCGAACUAGGCUGCCGCUCUUAUUUAGUCAGGGCUUAGAACACUCCCAGCUAGGCGUUUUGUUUUGUUUGUUUUGUCUUUGGGUUUUUUUGUCCUCAUUUUACUGACGAAGACCCACCCUUGCACAUGCGACUGCGUCUGGAGCUCCCGGCCAUUAACUAAGUCACGGAGCUCCGGCUUUCCCGGACUGUGAACAAAGAACUGCCGUUUUCUGCCUUGUUGCCCUGUGCUCGUCAUGCAGAACCUCACACAAUUCCCGUUGAAGCUUGGAGGCCUUUUGAAUUCUCAGCAUCAGACGUCAUCAAAAGCGCAAAUAAAGGAGGUUGAAGAAAUGUUGUGUCAAGAAGGCUCUGAAAUAACUCUGAGUAGCCCCAGUGAAGAGAUUACAUACUUACGGGUAGAGAGAAGUAAACUCUUGAGUGCACUGGCACCUGGGGACUCAAAGCCAGAGUCGCAGAGAUACCUGAGCAGUAACCUACAGAAAAAAUUUCCCCAGUUCCAUAACAAAGACAUAGAAAAAGAUGAAACUUCACAAAACUGCAUAGAGAGAGAUGUGGAACAAAUAGCAAAGCGGUUAAGGAUGGCCCAUGAGGAAAUCCGAAGGCUCGCUGAUGAGCUGCAAGGGAAUGACAAGGAACAGACUAAAUUAGAUACUGCACUUGAGAAGGCUCAACUAGAAAUUGAGGAACUCAAAGAAAAUUUGAUAAAGCUGAAAGAAAAUGAUUCAAUUGACCUAAAGAAAGCAAAGGAAUAUAAUCAGAGACUGAAUGAGGAAAUUCUGGCUUUAAGAACUCGGGUUCGAUCACUUGACUCAGAAAGAAAAGUGCUUGGGGAAGUGGUUGAAAGGCUUAAAGAAGAGAUUCGUGAAUCUCAAGAGAGUAAGCAACUUGGAAACUACUCUGCUGGGAAAACUGUGGGUGCUGACCAGAAACUACAGAAUCUAACACCUGGAGAAAAACUGAAAUACCAGCAACAAGAGGAAAUACAACAACUUCGCCAGAAUUUGCACCGACUCCAGACUCUCUGCAACUCAGCUGAAAAAGAGCUUCGGUAUGAGCGGGCAAAGAACUCGGACUUGAAGCAACAUAACAGCUUACUUCAGGAUGAAAGCAUUAAGAUCAAAAUGGAACUAAAACAGGCCCAGCAGAAGUUAGUAGACGGUGCCAGGAUGUGCUCUUCACCCCCAGCAGAGUGGAAGCACUGUCAGCAGAAAAUCAAGGAACUGGAGCUGGAAGUGCUUACACAGGCUCACAGCAUUAAAUCACAGAACAACCUGCAGGAAAAGCUGGCUCAGGAGAAAUCCAAAGUUGCUGAGGCAGAGAAAAGGAUUUCGGAUCUGCAGCAGAAAUUAGACUAUGCUCAGAAAGUCUGUUGCAUAGAUGCUUGUAGUUCGGAAAAGAAGCAACUAGAGGAAAGGAUAAGAGAAGCCAUAGAAAAUGAAGCUAAAAGAAAGCAACAAUAUCAGGAAGAACAACAGAAGAGGAACCUCCUAGAUCAGGAUAUAAAUGAGCUACAAAAGAAAGUGAAGAUCUUGCAGGAUGAAGAGAAUAUACUGGAAACAGCCAAUUCUCAGCAACAAUACAGAAUUCAGCAACUAGAGGCCCAACUUAAACAACUGGAAAAUGAAAAAAUAAAAUCUGAGGAGAAUCUCAAGAGCAACCAGGAACUGUCAGAGAAGGUUUCUGGGUUGCAGCAGGAGAAUGAAGCUCUAUGUAAAGAAUACGGGGAAGUUUUGAAGCAGUUUGAUGCCUACAUGAGAAUCUAUAAUAAAAAAUGUCAUCAUCGUGAAACCAAGCUUCACAGAGUCAAGAGUCAUUUCAUGAAUGAAGUAGAGCUACGCGAUAAGAGAAUUAACCUACUUGAAAAUGAAAUUGGAAUACUGCGGCAAAAGUUAGAAAAGGAGAAGGCAUUCCAGGACCAGAUCGUUGCCCAAAACGAUAACCUGUUCCUGGAAAACAGAAAACUUCUGGAGCAGCUUGUGGAGCAGGAAAAACUGAUCCAUGACAACAAGUGCACGAUCUCUUCAGUCCAGCACAGAGUACUUUCUCUGGAUAAAGAAAAUAAGCAAUUACAGGAAAACAGUCUCCGGCUCAUGGAGCAGGUUGGCCUCUUGGAGCGCAUUGUAAGAAGCAUCCAGAUUUGCAGAGGAGAGGAAAUAAUACUUGGUAGCAUCUCUGAAUAUGAAGUAUUGAAUAAAAUCCUGCCCCUACCAAACUCCAGUCUUUCUGGCACAGGUUUGGUAGAGUCCGUCGGAAGUCCGUAAGGGACUAAAGAACACACGUCAGAAGCAGUGGCACACCUCCGGCCCCUCGAGUCUCCGCUGCUCACAGAGCCCUGAAGCUGGAUGCAUACGUACACGUGGCUUCUCUGAAAGAGACACGUCACAUCUAAGACUAGCCUGGUCAAAGCUGCUAACUUCAAGCUCGUGAGAGUGAGGGUGGAACCUGAUGACAGGGAGCAGGGUCAUGAUAGAGUCCCCACAGGUCAUCAACCAGGAGUCUUGAAAAUUGCUGAUAAAUUCAUUAAACCAGAUCCCAAAAUUGAUGUCUCAAGUUUGUCUGAUAUCCUCAGUGACUUGUAUUGAGCAACAUAGUGACUUAAGUUGGGUGGUUUAAUUGGGUUUAUGUUCAGUAGAACACACACAUGGCUAAUUCCAUAUCCUUUCCUAUUUUCAUGGGUAUAAGUUAAAACAAUGUAAUCACAUUAAAGCAAACAUUUUAAAAAGAAAAAAACUGUCCUACAAACCCACGAU